AUGGAUGAUUCUAACUUUGAAUAUUAUGUUUCAGUCAAAAGUCAUAAAAAUAGUUCUGUUAAUAGUUAUAGUAGUGGGAGUGAGACCGAGUAUGAGAUAUUUGUGAGUGGUGAUGAUGAGUUUGAAAGUCCACCUGAGAGACAUUUUGGGAUUUACCUAUAUGAUGAAGUUCUUGAAGAAACUCAUUUUGUUAAGGAGUAUGAGUUUUCAAGACCUGUUGUGAAGAGCCCAAGUGAAGAAAUUGUUCAACGGAGUAAUAAUGGUAGUGAUACAUUUUCUAUGCCUUUUGUGAAGAACCCAAAUGGUGAAAUUGUUCAAGAAAGUGAUGAUUUAAAUGAAUUUGCAUUUAGUAGGCCUUUUGUAAAAUAG